AUGGAAGAGCAGAACCUCAGCUCCCCAGUGACAGAAUUUGUCCUCUUAGGCUUCACCCAGAAUGCUGAGCUGAAGCGAUGCCUCUUCGUUGUUUUCUUCAUAGUCUACCUGACAACCUGGUUGGGAAACUUCACCAUCAUCACCACUGUGAUCACCAGCCGCCGUCUCCACACCCCCAUGUACUUCCUGCUGGCCAACGUGGCUUUCCUAGAUGUUAGCGACUCAUCAGUCAAUGCUCCAAAAUUGCUGUUGGGUCUCCUCUCCCAGCGCAGAACCAUCUCGUUCAGUGAGUGCACCUUCCAGAUGUUCUUCUUCCACUUCAUCGCUGGUGCUAUGGUUGUUGUCCUUGUGGUGAUGGCUGCUGAUCGGUACAUAGCCAUCUAUAAACCACUGCGGUACUUGACUAUCAUGAACCGUGGUGUGUGCAUGGGCCUGGUGGCAGGGGCAUGGCUGGGUGGAUUGGCUCACUCUGCUGUUCAGAUUGCAUUGAUCCUCCAGCUGCCUUUCUGUGGUCCAAACAUCUUGGACAAUUUCUACUGUGAUAUCCCACAAGUCAUCAAACUGGCCUGUACAGACAUCUACAUGGUCGAGUUGCUGAUGGUUUCCAAUGGUGGGAUGCUUGUCAUAGUAAUGUUCAUCAUCCUGCUCAUUUCGUACACCAUCAUCUUUGUCAAGAUAAAGACACAUGUUACAGAUGGGAAGCACAAAGCUCUGUCUAUCUGUGGAUCCCAGAUCACAGUUGUGUGUUUACAAUUCAUACCCUGCAUCUUCAUCUAUUCUAGGCCCUUCCGGAAAUUGCCCAUGGACAAGUUGGCGUCAAUCAUUUACACUGUAAUCACCCCAAUGCUGAACCCAAUGAUCUACAUGCUGAGAAACUCUGAGAUGAAAAAGGCCAUCAGGAGACUGAUGAGCAGAAUCCUGUCCUCAGGGAAGAAACUAUAA